AUGUCAACUGGGCUGAAGUACUGCAAGCCUCAUUGGUAUGGGGUUAACUGCACAAAUUAUUGCAAGAAAAGCGAUGAUAUUAAUGGUCAUUAUUCCUGUAACAAGACAAGUGGUUGGAAGAUCUGCCUACCAAACUGGUAUGGCACUGACUGCACAACUCACUGCAAAGCAGACAUCGAAGGACAUUUUCUGUGCAAUGAAUCAAAUGGGGAAAAAGUUUGUUUGGAAGACUGGUACGGACAGGAAUGCAACAUAUACUGUAAGAGUGAAAAUAUGAGCAAUGGACGUUAUUUCUGUGACAAGACAAACGGUGAAAAGAUUUGCUAUCCAAAUUGGUAUGGAAGCAAUUGUGAUGUUUACUGCGAUGAUGAAUCAACCGAAAGAUACAAAUGUGAUGGAAAAUCUGGUCUGAAGCUUUGCCAUUCAAACUGGUUUGGCCUGAACUGUUCUGUAUAUUGCAAGGAAGAAGAGGGAUCACAUUUCACGUGCAACCCUGAAACAGGUUCACGGAUUUGUCACGUGGAAUGGUUUGGUGAAGAUUGCACGCAGCACUGCAAACCUGAUGAAAACCACCUCUGUAAUAACAUCACCGGAUUGAAAAUUUGUCGCAGUGAGCGGUCUGGCACUGAUUGCUCGGAAAAAACUGCAAAGAGUUAUGGCAGGAAAGGUCAACCAGAAUAUUUGAGGGUUGCUCUACCAGCAAGUGCAGGAAUAUUGGUGAUAAUUGUUAUGCUAAUUAUUUUUGCAUUUGUAAGGAAAAGAAGAGCUCAACAAGUGUUCGGCGUUGUAAAACCGCAGGAAAAUAAGCUCUACAUGGAAUCGGCGAUUUAAAAUCUUCGACGGUGAGAAUUCUUGAAUCAAAUAUCAUCAUAUAUUGUUCAAUCUAACAUAUACUUUUCAAAAU